AUAUCAUAUAUCAUUGAAAUAAGAAAAGCUAUAAGCUAAGGUGUUGAAAAUGAGAUAAUGUUAUAGGAGAUUGAUUUUGAAGCUAACACGACAAACAACAAUAACAAUAGCAAUGGUUUUACAGUCUCUGUGUCUAUGUCCUUCCAACAAUUCUGCUCUUAUUCUUCCCAACAACAACCUUAUCUUCAGGAACAACAACAACAACAGUAAUAACAGUACAAGGUUAAUCCUUAACCAAAACAAAUCCGACCAAAAAAGAGACUUUUCAACUUCUUGUUCUUCUUCUAUAAAACCCAGAAGGGAUUUGUUGCUGUUAGGCCUCACUUCACUAUCUCUAACAUGUCUUCCAUUUUCUGUGACUCUUGCUGGAGAAGAAGAGCCAAAAAUGGCUUCUUUUUUAGAUGAAACCAAUGCUUAUUCUUAUCUCUACCCUGUUGAGCUUCCCUCUAAAAAUUUUGUCUUCAAAUGGGUAGAAUCCCGAAAGCCUGAACGAUAUUCAUCAGCUGCACCACUUUCUCCUAAUGCACGGCUACGUAUUGUGUCUGAACGUGUUGAUAUCUUUGAUAAUCUCAUAAUUUCUGUCACGAUAGGCCCUCCAAGUGCAGGCCUUAUAAACUUGAAGGAUAAGAGCAAAUGGACUGCAAAAAGUGUUGCUGAUUCGGUUUUAGCUGAGAAAUCUUCACUGAGAGUUACCUCAGCUCAGCGCUCAGCUGAGAGUUCAGUUCUCGAUGCACAUUCUGAUGAAAUUGAUGGUGUACCUUACUGGUAUUAUGAAUACCUUAUUCGCAAAUCGCCUAAUACAAUGUCUGAAGAAUCAGGAAUUUACCGGCAUUAUCUUGCUUCAACAGCAGAAAGAGAUGGUUAUCUGUACUCAAUCAGCGCUUCAACCCUCAGCCCGCAGUGGAAAAAAAUGGGACCUAUAUUUGAAAAGACAGUGAGUUCGUUCCGCCUUGUCAGUCCAACAGAAAAUUAUGUUCCUCCUUUCAAAGAUCCCUGGAGAUUUUGGUGAAAACUCAAAAUUUUGUUCUUAUUGUAUUCAUUUAGUAACCUUUGUGGAGUGAAAUUCGUGUAACCAUAUUAUGUUCUUUGAAGAGCAAAAUUUAAAAUAGAAUCUUGUUUUGAUUGAGUUAUUUCAGUAUUUUCCA